AUGGCCAAGGGCUUCCCCUCGCUGUGCAGCCUCUGGUGCUCAGGCUUCUCACCGGUGUGGAUGCGCUGGUGCACGAUGAGGGACGAGUGGCAGCUGAAGGCCUUCCAACACUGGCUGCAGUCGAAGGGCUUCUCGCCUCUCGACGUGGACGCUCAGCGCCCAGCUCUCGAGAGUUCAAAAACGACGGUUCCCCACUGCUCCCAGGAGCGGUUACCUGGGCACUUUGUGCCCCUCAUUCCUGUCCGGGCCCAGGCCGAGGACCUGCCAGUACCACAGCAAGCCCGUGCCUUGUGCUCCGAGUUCCAGGGCAUCCUCCAGCUCAGCCACUGCACUGAGCACAAGGACUCUCUGUGGGGCCCAGGAGCAGGAAGUCACCCCUUUGGGGCCCGCAACACCCGGCUGUCCCCACACUUGUGUCCAGGGAAGAUAGUGUUGAGGGCCCUCAAGGAGAGCGGGGCAGGGAUGCCUGAGCAGGACAAGGACCCUAGAGUCCAAGAGAGUCCUGAUUAUCAGAGAAGAGUCCCCGAGGUCACCGGGGAUGCACGGUCUGAAUUUAGGCCCCUGCGGGACAAUGGAGGCCUCUCUCCCAUUGUGCCCAGGCCUGGGCCCGUGCAGAGAGACCUCCAUGCCCAGAGGUCAGAAGUCACAUAUCACGAGAGAUCCCAGACCUCCUGGACGAGCUCGUGCACCAAACGCAAUGCCAUCUCGAGCUCCUACAGCUCCAUGGGAGGCUUCCCGUGGCUAAAGCGGAGGAGGGGGUCAGCCUCAUCCCACUGCCAGCUGACCAUCAGGUCCUCAAAGACAGCGAGUGAGGACAGGCCUCAGGCUGUCUCUUCGGGUCACACCCGGUAUGAAAAGGCAGCAGAUAUAGCACCAGGGCAGACACUCGCCCCCAGGAAUGGCUCCCCCAGAUCCCAGGCGUCUAGGCCCCGUAGACGCAAGUUUCCCCUGCGGCCACGCAGGCGAGGGGAGCCCCUGAUGCUGCCGCCUCCCUUAGAGCUGGGGUUCCGGGUCACUGCUGAAGACCUGGACCGGGAGAAGGAGGCUGCGUUCGAGCGCAUCAACAGUGUACUGCGGGGCGAGCCCAAGGCCAUCUGGGACUGCAGACCCUCAUGGCCUGCCAACGCUUUGUCCUCACUUGCAACAGGGGCUUCUGGUCUGCCUGCUGUCUCUAAAGCACCCGGUAUGGAUGCACAGCAGGAGAGACACAAGUCCCAAGACUGCCUGGGCCCAGUGGCCCCCCUAACAUCUGCUGCAGAGGUCCCCUCCACAGCUCCUGUGUCUGGGAGGAAGCGCAGACCAUCAGGCUCCCUGUUCUCCUCCUCAGAUCCCCUUCCUGCCACCUCUUCCCACUCCCGGGACUCAGCCCAGGUCACCUCGCUGAUUCCUGUCCCCUUCCUAGCUGCAAGCAUGGAUGUGGGCAUGAGAAGCCCAAGGCCUGGCACUUCUGGAGCCAGUUCUAGCCCUCCAGCCACACCCAUGGAAAUCGACAGUACAGAGGUGGGCCCAGGUCUGCAUUCUGGAGCCAGUUCUAGCCCUCCAGCCACACCCAUGGAAAUUGACAGUACAGAGGUGGGCCCAGGUCUGCAUUCCGUCAGAAGAAACCCUUUAAAGAGAAAGGCCCAAUGGAAACCAUUUCAGUGCGUGUGUGUCUUUGUCCCCGCGCUGGCUGGCCUCUCUGUACCAAGUGACCUCCAACCCGAUCCUGCUCCCUGUCUUCUGGCAGCUGCUCUGGGGAAGGGCGUUUUGGCCUCAAGGGCUUAG